UUCACAAGCAACAAGAAUUCUCUCACGAAGAUCUCCAGUUUUUGACGAUUUUUUCCUAUCAUGGCUGAAAGGAAAGAUAAAAAGAAGUCCAAGAAAGACAAGAAGGAAAAGAAAGAGUCGAAAGAUGCUUCAAAAUAUAGUUUAAAGGAAGAAAAGAAGGAAAAGAAGAAGCGCAAGUUAGAAGAACAUUCAUCUGAAGAGAGCGAUAGUGUUGCUCCUAAGAAAAAGAAAGCUAAAGAGGAAUCUCUUGAUGAAGGGGUUGAAAUAAGUGUAGCUCAAAGAGAGGGUAAUUUUGCAAAGUUCAGAAUAUCUCCAAAAACUAUUCUAACUUUAGAAGACAGAGGCAUUACAUAUCUGUUUCCAAUUCAAGCACAUACGUAUGAUUACAUCUAUGAUGGUCAUGAUGUGAUUGGCAAAGCAAGAACUGGAACAGGUAAAACACUCUCCUUUGCACUGCCCUUGAUGGAGAAACUGCAGCUAAAUAAGCUGGAUAAGACAAGAGGAAGACCUCCAAAGGUUUUAGUUAUGGCACCAACCAGAGAACUUGCUAAACAAGUGGGCAAAGAAUUUGAAGAUCUAAAAUCUGAACUGAAUGUGUAUUGUAUCUAUGGUGGAAUGCCUUAUGACCCACAAGAAUAUGCUAUAAAAAAUGGUUUGGAUGUUCUAGUUGGAACACCAGGAAGAAUUCUUGAUUUUAUGAGACAAGGAACUCUUGACUUAAGCAAGCUGCAACAUGUGAUAUUAGAUGAAGUGGACAGAAUGCUUGAUAUGGGGUUCUCUGACUCUGUAGAGGAAAUCCUUGCUGGCUCGUUUGUUAAGGAAAGAGAAGACAAGCCACAGACAUUGUUAUUUUCAGCCACUUUACCACCCUGGGCUGCGACAACAGCAGCCAAAUACAUGAAAAAGGACAGGAAACUUGUUGAUUUAAUUGGGCAUGAUAAACUGAAAACUGCUGUUACAGUCAAGCACAUGGCAAUCAAAUGUCAUUAUACUGCACGAGCUUCAACUAUUGGCGAUGUUGUACAGGUUUAUUGUGGUGCACAUGGCCGCACUGUAAUUUUUGCAGAAACAAAGAAAGAUGUCAAUGAACUAGCUUUGAAUUCCUCUCUCAAACAAGAAACACAAGUAUUGCAUGGUGACAUUCCACAGAAACAGAGAGAAAUCACCCUUAAGAGUUUCCGUGAAGGGAAGUUUCGUUGUUUAGUAGCAACAGAUGUGGCAGCUCGAGGUCUUGACAUCCCAGAGAUUGAUUUAGUUGUACAGUGUGAACCUCCCAAGGAUGUAGAUGCCUAUAUCCAUCGUUCUGGUCGUACUGGACGCGCUCAUAGAGAAGGAAUUUGUAUCGUGUUCUACAAACCACAACAAGAAUCACUCUUACAACACGUUGAACGCAAAGCGGGAAUUAAAUUCACUCGUAUCGGAGCACCUCAGCCAUCGGACAUCAUAAAGGCUUCUGCAGAAGAUGCUCGAAGAUUUUUGGAACAAAUUCCUUCAGACGUGUUAGAACAUUUUCAAGAGGCUGCCGAGAAGCUUAUCAAAGAGAAGGGAGCUGUAGAAGCUGUAGCAGCUGCCUUGGCGCAAAUCUCCGGUACGACUGAGAUCAAGUCCCGAUCUCUUCUCUCGUCACAAGAGGGAUAUACAACGUAUAUUAUGACUUGCGAUCUUGCUGAACCAGUCAGAUCGACAGGGUACAUGUGGCGCAUCAUAGAAAACAAUCUGCCUCCAGAAGUCAAGCCUGAAGUACGAGGAAUGCGACUUAUUAGUGAUAAAAAGGGAGUCGUUUUCGACGUACCUAGAAAGCUCGACAACUUAAUCAAGGAAUCGUGGACAGAUAGGCGUGGAACCACCCUGCAUAGAGCAACAAAACUCCCCGAACUCCUCGAAUCAACGCAGUCAUCUUCAGGGGGGUAUGGUCAAGGCGGGUACGGUCAGGGGGGGUCAUGGGGAAACCGUCAGUAUAACGGUAAUCGACAAUAUGGAAAUGGUCGACAGUACAACGACCGGUCGCAAGGAUAUAACAAUCGAUACAACGACCAAAAUAACAGUAAUAGGAACUUUAAUAGGUCUUUUAAUGGCUUCAGAUCAUAUCGUUAAUCACUAUCAGAAAAAUAUUAGCGUUUUGGAGUGAUUUUACUUGGCCCGUAAAACAAAGUUGUAAAACGUAUGUCCAGCAGUCCAAGUAAAAUAUUGCUAAAUUCCAAUUCCAUCUGAGUUAUCCGUGCCCUGACCUAGAGUAGCACAGUCUGUGCUAUGGUAUCGAUUAAAUUAAUUUGAAGGUUUCAAAGCAAACAAUGGAAUAAGUGUCUACUAUAAGUAUUAUGCUUUGUACUGGUUUUUUUUUACGGGCAAAGUAAAGUUAUUCUUAACGUUUGUAUAAAUAGACGGAGCAGUGGAGGUAGUUUUUGGCUUUUUUGCCUUCAGUUCUUCAAUGGCAUAAAUUUGUAAAGGUUCUGACACACAGUGCAACAUUGCAUGCAACAUUGCACGCAGCAGGAAUGUUGCAGCGUGUGUCUACCGCAAACUUGUUGCGCGCAACGUUGCAUGCAACAAAUCUGAAGUUGAAUCCUGCUCUACUCUUGCAACA